GAAGGUGGGGCAAGUUGUUACAAGGGCAAGUUGUUACAAUUGAGUUGUAUGGUAUCUCCAUCUAUCAUAGAAUCAUUUAAUUUACAUUGCGCGAUUGAGGUACUCCAUUGCAAUUAGUCUGUGACAUUACAGAGUUCUGACAACACUUUAGUUUGUGUUAUUAAUGAAAGUCGUUUUUAUGCUGUCGAAAGUAAUUUCUUCCUUUCUGUGAAUCGAUAAUCAUCCCAAGAAAACGGUUUAUUAGAGUUGUAAUAAUGGUUAGGGAUUACAAGCGCAAGACUGACAGGGGCAAUACUCCUGCUGAAGUUUUUCAAUCUGCCGCGCACGCAAUAACCCAAGAAAACUUAUCGAUAAGAAAUGCUGCCGAGCGAUACAACAUUAUCUUUAUGACAUUGCAUCGUUAUGUUAAGAGAUCUCGUUUACAAGAAAAUAAUGACGGUGGUGCCACUCAUGUUGGUUAUACAUCACACCGAAAAAUAUUCACCGACAAUCAAGAAGUAGAACUUGCUAACUAUGCUGCAGAUUCAGCAAAACUAUACUUUGGCCUUACUACAAAGGAUUUACGACAAUUAGCGUACCAGUUUGCUGUUACAAAUGGUAUCCCAGUGAACCAAGUAUGGAAAGACAACCAUAUGGCGUCAAAAGACUGGCUGUUAGGUUUUCUAAAAAGAAAUAAGGACCUUUCCAUAAGAGAACCUGAAGCCACAAGUUUAUCUCGUGCAACAGCAUUUAAUCGUCAUAACGUUAACUUGUUUUUUAAUAACCUUGGCAGCGUGUACGAAAAAUAUAAAUUUGAAUUCCAUAAUGUCUACAACGUUGACGAAACAGGGUUAACCACAGUGCAGAAACCGUCAAAAGUAAUAGCUAAGAGAGGUACCAAACAAGUGGGUGCCAUGACAUCAGGAGAGAGAGGGCAACUAGUGACAAUGGCCUUAGCAGUUAAUGCGAGCGGCAACAGUGUGCCACCCAUGCUUGUAUUCCCACGGAAGAAUUUCAAAGACUUUAUGCUUUCGAAUGCACCUCCUGGUUGUAAAGGUGCAGCACAUCAGUCGGGCUGGAUGACUAGCGAGAACUUCCUUAUUUUUAUUGAACACUUUGUGCAAUUUGUGAAAUGUAGCAAGGACAAACCAGUAUUACUCAUAUUAGAUAACCAUGAGUCUCACUUGUCAAUUUCCGUCUUAAAUUAUUGUAAACUUAACGGAGUGGUUCUCCUUAGUUUCCCACCGCACACAUCACAUCGACUACAGCCCCUAGAUCGAACUGUUUAUGGACCUCUCAAGAGAUAUUAUAACAGCGCUGCGGAUGGUUGGAUGAAAUCCAAUCCUGGAAAGCCUAUGACAAUUUACGACAUUCCAGGUGUGUUGGCUAAAGCUCUACCUUUAGCAGCUACGCCUAAUAAUAUCCAGAAUGGUUUUGCAGUGACAGGUAUCUGGCCAUAUAAUAGAGAUAUUUUCACAGAUCAAGAUUUUUUACCCGCAGAGGUUACAAAUAGACCAUUUGUCACAAACACUCCAGUAGACAAUCCAGUUCAACUUAACGAAGAUGCAAUAAUUAUGCCAAAGGAACGAACGCCAUCACCACAGCCUUCAACAUCUCGUAGUAGCAAAAGUGGUGGCCAUUUCACCCCUCAGCAAAUAAAACCGUUUCCCAAGGCUCCAGCACGAAAGCAGCAGAAAGGACGGCGAAAGCGGAAAUCUGAAAUAUUAACUGACACUCCAGUUAAGGCUGCUCUGGAGGCAGAAGCUGAAAUGAGGGAAAAUAGGAAGAAGAAAGCUGAAAGGACAAAAAAAAAUAUGAGUGGGAAAAUAAGUUUGGCAUCUACCAGUAAAAGAACAACUCUAAUAAAAAAAUACCCAAAACAGCCAGAUACAGAUUCUGAAUCUGAUGAUGAAGAUGCGCUUUGUCUCCAAUGCCUAGAAGCGUAUUCUUCAUCUAGAAAUGAAGAAUGGAUUCGAUGUACCAAAUGCAAAAGAUGGGCGCAUCUUAGGUGUGCAAAAAAUGACGAUUAUUAUGUUUGCCUCCAUUGUCUUUCCGAUAGCGAUGAUGAUUAUUGAGUUUUUUUGUUUAUAUUUAAUUUUUUCCUUAAUAAAUAUAUUUUAACAACAAUAGUGAGAUGUGUAACAACUUGCCCCUGACACUGUAACAAUUUGCCCCACAUAGGGGUAACUUGUUACAAAUAACAUCUGUAAUAUCAAGUUUAAAUAAAGGCAACCUCGGCCACGUAAAGUUAUAAAUUAAUUGAUGUAAUGAUAAAGCAAGGGCC